AUGGACACCUUCAACUGGUCUUACCACUCCAUUGCCGGAGCUUAUGUGCUGGGCCUGGCACCACAUUUCGUGUUCUUCCUUAAGACCCUGAAAACUGGCAAAUACUCCAACCUAACGCCGAGAAACACCCUCGACUCGCUUCGUGGCGUCAUCCCGGCCGAACAAUGGAACAGACUCUUCAAGCUUAGGAGCAUUCAUAUCAAUGCUAUGGAGAGCAUCCCGAUCUUUGCCGCUGCCAUCCUUGCGGGUAACAUUGCCAAGCUCCCAGUCAGCGAGCUCAAUUACCUUGCGGCUGAAUACCUCGGAUGCCGUGUAGCCUUCGCAGCUUUGUACUUGGGUGCGGGGUCAGAGCUCACCAGCUACGCAAGAACUGGAGUCUGGUUCUACAGCCUUGGACGCCUUCUAUUCACCCUGAUAAAAGCUGGAAAUGCUGUUUCUGGUCUCCUCUAA